UAAAUCUAAGUGGACCGGGUCGCAAAUCCAGAUCCAGAUCCUAAAUCCAAAUCCCUCAAUCCACUGCAUCUCUCUCUAGCAGAACUUCCAGACUCCAUUCCCUGUCCCUCGAACGAAGAAGGAUGCAGGCCAUAUCGAGGCGAUUAGGUCACCGAUCCCCGAUAUCUUCUUUCAAAUCAAUUUACCCGCUUUCCGAUCACCUUUAUGGAGCUGAUCACCCACGAUACGGAUCUACUCUGGCAACCAGAGGUGUAGGCCACCUUAUUCGCAAGGGCACUGGUGGAAGAUCCUCUGUCAGUGGAAUUGUUGCUACGGUGUUUGGAGCUACAGGGUUCCUUGGUCGAUAUGUUGUGCAACAGCUUGCAAAAAUGGGCUCUCAAGUUUUAGUUCCGUUCAGAGGUUCUGAUGAUGAUCCUCGCCACCUCAAGUUGAUGGGUGAUUUGGGUCAGAUAGUACCAAUGAAGUACAACCCGAGAGAUGAGAAUUCCAUUAAGGCUGUAAUGGCAAAGGCCAACGUUGUUAUUAAUCUUAUUGGAAGGGAUUAUGAGACAAGAAACUACAGUUUUGAGGAAUUGAAUCAUGCCAUGGCCGGACAACUUGCUAUGAUUUCUAAAGAACAUGGAGGUAUAAUGAGAUUUAUUCAAGUUUCUUGUUUAGGAGCAUCUGCAUCAUCACCAUCACGACUGCUAAGAGCUAAGGCUGCUGGAGAGGAAGCUGUUUUGAGAGAAAUGCCUGAGGCAACAGUCAUGAAACCUGCUGUGAUGAUUGGUACAGAGGAUCGUAUUUUAAACCGGUGGGCCCACUUCACAAAAAAAUAUUCCUUUCUCCCGCUCAUUGGAGAUGGAUCUACCAAAAUCCAACCUGUAUAUGUUGUUGAUGUUGCUGCUGCAAUUAUUGCAGCCUUGAAAGAUGAUGGAACCAGUAUGGGGAAAGUAUAUGAGCUUGGCGGGCCAGAAAUCUUUACCGUGCAUGAAUUGGCAGAGCUUAUGCAUGACGUGAUUCGUGAAUGGCCUCGCUAUGUGAAAGUUCCAUUUCCCAUUGCCAAGGCCUUUGCAACACCACGAGAAAUAUUGCUUAAUAAGGUUCCAUUUCCGUUACCUAAUCCCAAGAUGUUCAACCUGGAUGAGAUCAAUGCCCUUACCAUGGAUACAGUCGUGUCAGAGAAUGCUUUAACAUUCAGUGAUCUUGGGAUUGUACCACAUAAGCUGAAGGGAUACCCUGUUGAGUUUCUAAUCUCAUAUCGUAAGGGUGGCCCACAAUUUGGUUCAACAAUCAGUGAAAGGGUUUCCCCUGAUUCCUUCCCUUAAGAUUCUUUGAUCUUUCGUUUUGAAAUGCUUGUGGUCCAUUGCCAAUUUGGAAACUUGGAACACAUAUGACGCUAGCAAUUUCUCAAGGGAACAAAGAUAUGGACCAAAUGAUCUUGCCUGCAAGUGUAUGAAGAGGGGGCAAUUUCGUGAUUGUUUGCGUAGUUAGGAAUAAGCUGAAUUGUAGAUGCCUAUCAUUAUUCUCCAGGGCUGUAUGACUCUCAUUUUUGGGACUUUUAGAAAGGAAAAAAGGUGAUGGUUUUUUCCUGGUAGCAGAGAUGUUUCUGUUAUGUGUUUGUUCUUGUGGUUUGACGAUUUUGGUUUUCAUUUAUGUUCUUUGGAGUUUGAAAUGAUUUAUUUAUUUAUUUAUUUUCCAUUCUACUAAA